UAAUAGAGCUAUCACAGAGAGAGAGGGAGAGAGAGGGAGAGAGAGAGAGAGAGAGAGAGAGACUCUUCCUCUUCCUCCAGGUCAGGUUGGUGGCGGCAGGUGGUCGGGCCAGUCCGUCUGUCCGUGGAUGCUCAGCGGAUGUCCUCGGCUUCGGGCGUCUUCCCACCGCGGUGAGGCUGGACGGAUCGACUGGGCAUGGCGCUGGAACCGGAGGGGAACAACCGGCUCCUGCAGGACGUGCUGGCGAGGCCGGGGGACGGGACGUGCGCGGACUGCGGCAAUCCAGAGCCGGACUGGGGGUCGCUGACUUUAGGCGUGUUCGUUUGCCAGGCCUGCUCGCUCCUUCACCGAAGCAUCCCCCACAUCACCCGGGUCAAGUCUGUCCAGGAGACGUGGGAUGCCAGCGAGGUGGAGUUAAUGGCAGCGAUGGGAAACGACGCAGCCAGGGCCAAAUAUGAGCAGAAGGUCCCUGCUUUCUACUACAGACCAACGCACACCGAUUGCAAGCUGUUGAGGGAGCAGUGGAUCCGAGCCAAGUACGAAAGGAACGAGUUCGAGUUCAUCGAGAAACAGGAGCCUUACUCUGCAGGGUACCGAGAGGGGUUUCUAUGGAAACGAGGAAGAGACAACGGUCAGUUUCUCAGCCGAAAGUUCAUCCUGUCGGAGCGGGAGGGGGCGCUGAAAUACUUCAACAAGCAGGAUGUAUGCACGGCCAGGGAUCCCAAGGCGGUGAUGAAAAUCGAGACCCUCAAUGCCACCUUCCAGCCGGCCAAGAUCGGCAACCCGUGCGGCCUGCAGAUCACCUACCUGAAAGACAACAGCACAAGGAACAUCUUUGUCUACCACAGUGAUGCUAAGGAGAUGGUCGACUGGUUCAACGCCAUCAGAGCAGCCAGGUUCCACUAUCUACAGGUGGCGUUUCCCGGAGCGAGUGACGAGGAGCUGGUGCCCAAACUGACCAGAAACUUCAUGAAGGAAGGCUUUAUGGAGAAAACAGGCCCAAAGCACACAGAGGGCUUCAAGAAGAGGUGGUUCACUAUGGACGACAGGAGACUCAUGUAUUUCAAAGACCCUCUGGAUGCUUAUGCCCGUGGCGAGGUGUUCAUCGGCAGUAAGGAGAACAGCUACACCGUCUUGUCCGGCCUGCCCCCGUCUACGCAGGGCUGCCGCUGGAACCACGGCAUCACCAUCGUCACGCCGGACCGGAAGUUCCUGUUUGCCUGUGAGACAGAGGCCGAGCAGCGGGAUUGGAUAGCGGCCUUCCAGAGGGUCAUCAAUCGGCCAAUGAGGCCACAGGAAUAUGCAGUGGAGGCCCACUUCAAACACAAGCCCUGAAGCCUGCAGGAAGCCACGACUCCGAAAAAGAUCCAAAAUCCAGUCUCAGUCAGAUCAGAGGCAACCCCUGCGUGCGACCACAGACCAUGGCGGGACGAGGUGGGGUUGGGUUGGGGGACGUGCGGGCAUUUUGGGACGGGCCAAGAUGGGGAAAGUCGAUGAAGAAUAAGAAGAGACAGAAAAAGAAAAGGAGGCCAAAGUGGUACUCCAGUCGAUUUUUGUGCAGGAAAAACUUAAACUCUGAAGGGACUCGUGGCCCCUCGUGGGGUGAAACGCUGAUGGUCUGAGGCGGAAGGGUAGGUGAUGUCAUCCCUAUUGCGCCUGCCGAACUUGUGCUGUACAUUACCAUGCCAACCCCCUCCCCCCCGAAUUUCGUCUUGUGAACGGUGCAUUCUACCUGUAAUCUAAUGUAAUUAUGUAAUCUAGAGUCAUUUCACUGGUUGCUUAACAGAGACAGUGCAUUGUUAAUUUAUUGAAUGUACAGUUUUGAUGACAGUGGCUUACCGUGCGUGUGUGGAAUCGUGACGUGUUCGUUGAGGACGCUGUGAGGUCGAACCCUCUGGCACCGACACCCUGUUCAACCUGAAUCUACAAAGUGCUGUUAACAACAAAUAUGCAUAAAAACACAACAACUCUCAGUGAACACCGUCGCUGUUAACGUAGCCGGAGGUGACUGAUCUGCUCCCAGACAGGGUUCUUUGAAAACCUCAUUCUGACAGCUGUUCUCGUAUUUAUUUGUACUGUUGAACAUACCGAGUCAUCGUAGACAGUUGCUGCUGCUUCAAAAGAUUGUAAUGUGUCAGGAUUGUAAUUUAUAUAACACUUCUACAGCUGUUGUAUGUACCUUUUUGCAUCUUGUUUUAAGGACACACGUGCUGUGUUGAUCCCCAGAGCCCAGUGUUUGUUUCAUGAUAAGAACAUCUUAACAUCAAUACAGAUGAGUCUGAAAUCAA